UCGCGUUAACCGUUGAACUUGCCGUUCUGAUCUUCUAUUAAAAUAUUAUUUACUGUUAGCUCGUCCCGCUGAGAGACUCUCCCUGAAGGGGACAUAUUCAAACGGUUCUCGGACAGUUUUCAGUUUAGGAUCUGAGAAAAGAGUCGAAUCGUUUCUGUGAGUCUGAAGAAGUCCGUGUUCAUCGUGAGAAACGAGCUCUAACGCGGCUAACUGCUAACGGCUAACGGCUAACCGCUAACGGCUAACUGCUAACCGCUAACUGCUAACCGCUAUCUGCUAACUGCUAACUGCUAACGAUGUGACGUGACGUCGUGGCGCCGAACCAAUGACGAGUCAGCAUCAUUAGCUCGUCUGUCGGGCUAACGCUAGCUACAUGGAGCUGCUCUUUGAACACUGAGCAGAUUUCACUGACCCGACCUGUGGAGAAGGAUGAUGUCUGACCUGCAGCAGCAGCUGGAGCUGAGGGAGUUUUUCAACCUGAAGGCGGGCGAAGACAGGUGAACAGACGCCUCCCUGAAGACCACUGGCUCCGCCCACAUGGGUCAUGCAGAUGAAGAUUGGGCUUUCUGUCCGGUCACACCCUUUCUGAGAAAUCGGCUCACUUCUCCUGUGCUACUCGCCGUGGCAAUGAAUACAGAUCAGGAGGACUUUGUACCUCCGACACUAUGAAAUAGCAGAAACCAGAAAACGCCUCAGAGGAUCACACACCUGUACACAACUGUUAAAUGUGACUUUGCCAUAAGUUCACGUUUGUCGAGCUGUUGUCAGAGCUGAACGCACCCUUUGGAGCUCAGCCAGUCAAUGUUGAAUGCUGCUUAUAAGGUAGGAAAGUACGGACUGAGCAAUGGACUCUGGAGCGAUGGGGACGAUCGAGGUGGCAGCACUUGGUCGGCCUUUCAGGCUUGGGAUGUUGUACGACUGUCGCAAAGACUCACUCGUGCCAGGAAUGACAUUUUGGGACUAUGACGACUUGAAAAAACAUAUUGAUGAAAGGCAACAGAAUUAUAACAAUUUUGAGAUAGUUGCCUCUGAAUCAAUUGAGGAUAAAUCUUCAGCACUGGAUGUGAAAGCAUCACUGAAGGCAAGCUUCUUAGGUGGACUCUUUGAGGUUGAUGGAUCAGCCAAAUACUUGAAUGAUAGCAAGACUUCCAAAAACCAAGCCAGAGUAACUUUGAAGUACAAAACUACCACAAAGGUCCAGGAACUGUCAAUGAAUCAUCUUGGAGCAGGAAAUGUGAAGCAUCAGAAUGUUUUUGAGAAAGGAAUAGCGACACAUGUAGUCACAGCUAUUCUUUAUGGGGCACAAGCCUUCUUUGUCUUUGACCGUGAGGUUUCUCAAGAAGAAGAUCAUCAAGACAUUGAGGGAAACUUGAAGGUCGUGAUCAGGAAGAUUCCUUGCCUUGCUAUAGACGGUGAGGGUUCACUGAAAAUGGAAGAUAAAGACAAAGCAAAUGUUGACAAGUUCUCCUGCAGUUUUUUUGGAGACUUCUCUCUCAAGAAAAUGCCGACAUCCUUUCAGGAAGCAAUCCAAGUUUAUAAAAGUCUGCCGGAGCUGCUGGGAGCAAACGGAGAAAACGCAGUACCAAUGAAGGUGUGGCUGCUGCCGCUGACAGCUUUAGAUUCUUCUGCUGCUAAACUCGUACGUCAGAUAAGUUUAGGAUUAGUCAAAGAAUCUCAGAGGGUCCUGGAGGACUUCAGUGAGCUGGAAAUGAGGUGCAACGAUGCUUUAAGAACCACCACAGUACAGAAGUUCCCACAGAUCGGAAAAAAGGUUAAAGCUUUUAAAGAAAUGUGCUCUCAGUUCAAACUUGAGUUCCAGCAAGCACUGGCAAAGACUCUUCCAUCAAUCCGAGGAGGAGGAGAAGAGGAGGCUGUACUCACAGAGAUCCUGAAGAAGAUACACUCUUCUCCUUUCAACAACGAGAAACUGAAUGAGUGGAUGGAUUGUAAAGAGAGAGAAAUCCACACAAUAAUGUCUUUGACUGACACGAUGAAAAACACCAUGACUGUACCAUCUCAAAAUCACCUGUACAAAGAAAGUCUAAAACCAGAACAUGCUGUGUGUUUUGUCUUCACCUCACUGGGGAGUGAUGAGCCGUACCUCUCAGCUUUAUCAAACUACUUAAGAAAAACACCAGAACCAGAAAUCCCUCUGGAUCCAGGUACUCAGGACCUGGAGAACAAACAGUGGUAUGCUUCAAGAGAAACGGCAGAUUCAAUGAGGAAGAAAGCAAAGAUCUUCAGUGACUUUGCAGAGGCCAACCAGGGGAACAAGAACGUUAGGUUCUUGACUGCUGGAAUUAAAAAUGAGACACAGAAAGGUUCCAGCAUCUACCUUUACCAAGAUGGCUUUUCUGUCACUGAGGACUUUGAGCCUCCUUCAAAGCCUGAAUCAGUGACCGUAAGUGACAUCAACCACAACAGUGUGACUCUGAAGAUCGAUCCCCCAAAGUUUGGAUUGGAGAACAUCACCUCCUACUCUGUUGAGCGCUGUGUCAGUGGAGAGGAAGGAUGGAAACAACAGACCGCAUCCAAAGCUGGAGAAGUGACGGUGGGUGAUCUGAGUCCAAACACAGAGUACAUGUUCAGGUGCAGAGCAGUGACCUCAGUCGGUCUUGGACCAGCCAAUCAAGUCAGUGGUCCCCUUCAAACCUUACCUUGCAGCCCUCCUGGAAAACCUGAAGUUGAUCCAAACUCAAGUGAGAUAUCAGUGAGCUGGGAGAAGCCUGCUGAGCUCGGACAAGAUGUCCACGUUCUGAGCUACAUCGUAGAGCACGCCAAAACAGACGAGAGAACAGACAACGAGGUGAAAGAGGAGGAUCUCCAGUGGAAAAAAAUUAUGACAGGAGCUGAGACGGGGAUCAUUUCAGGACUUGAGUCAGAGACAGAAUAUGUUGUCAGGGUCAUCUGUGAUUGUGGUGCAGCAGGCAAAAGCAAGGAAAGUAUCACUGUGAAUGUUUGCACAACAAAACAAACUCUUAAAGAUGAACUCAAAAUGAAAAGCCAAAAGGUCAGUUCUGCAUCACCCUCAGUUUACCAGCUGCCUCUGGAGGAAGAAGUUUUGAACAUGAAAGGAUGUCGGUGGUUCAGUUUUGGUAAAGAAAGCAUGAAGCCGAACUGCACGAUAAUGCUUCUGGGAGCGACCGGAUCAGGAAAAUCUACUCUGAUCAAUGGAAUGAUGAACUUCAUCCUUGGAGUGAACUGGACGGACAAUUUCAGAUUCAAACUGAUCGACGAGGAGCAAACAAAAUCACAAGCUGAAAGCCAGACCUCUGAGGUCACUGUGUACAAAAUCAACCACCAGGAAGUCUUUAACAUAGAUUACUCAGUGACCAUCGUUGACACUCCAGGCUUUGGAAAUACAAGAGGCAUAGAGAGAGACAGAGAGAUCGUAGAACAGCUGCGUAAUCUACUUUCUUCUGACCACGGUGUCCGAGAUAUUGAUGCUGUGGGGUUUGUAGCUCAGGCCUCUUUAGCUCGACUCACACCAACACAGAGAUAUGUGUUUGAUUCAGUGCUCUCAAUCUUUGGAAAAGACAUCGCAGAAAACAUCAGGAUUCUGGUGACAUUCGCAGACGGCCAGUGUCCACCAGUUCUUGAGGCGAUCAAUGCUGCAGAUGUCCCCUGUCCAAAAACAGGAGACGAGAAGCCGGUUCACUUCAAAUUCAAUAAUUCAGCAUUAUAUGCAAACAACAAAUCAGCUGCAGCAGACAGCAUGAGUGGAGAUGAGGAGGAUGGAAGCUUUGAUGAGAUGUUUUGGAACAUGGGGACAAAAAGCAUGAUGAGGUUCUUCAACGCUCUGAAUCUCACUGAAACCAAAAGCUUGACCAUGAUGAAGGAGGUCCUCAGAGAAAGAAAGCAGCUGGAAGUUUCAGUUGAAGGUCUACAGAUCCAAGUUAAAAAUGGGUUAGCCAAGCUCGAGGAGAUAAAAGAGACAGCUGAGAAACUGAAAAAGCAUGAGGCAGAGAUCAGCAGAAAUGAGAACUUUGAGUUUGAAAUCAAAGUCAAGAAGCCUCAGCAGGUAGAUAUUUCUGGUUCUGGAGUUUAUCUCACCAACUGUCAGCAGUGUCAUUACACCUGCCAUGAUAACUGUCCCUAUGGAAAUGACAGAGACAAAAUAAAUUGUUGUGCAAUAGGAUCAGACGGAAAGUGUAGGGUGUGUCCAGGGAAAUGUAUCUGGAGUGUCCAUUUUAAUCAGAAGUACAAAUGGGAGUAUAAGGAAGUAACAGAAAAACAAACCCAUGCAGGGAUGAAGAAAAAGUACGACAUAGCUAAAGAUGGCAAAUCAGGUGUUGAAGCAGUGAUCAGAAAACUGAAGGCUGAAUAUGAUGCUGUGCAGACUGAGGUGGAGAAACUGAUGAAGGACUCUGUUAAGUGUCUGAACAGACUUAAAGAGAUCGCACUGAGACCAAAUCCUCUCUCUACCCCAGAGUACAUCGACCUGCUCAUUGAGGGAGAGAAAAAUGAGGGCAAACCAGGCUGGAAGAACCGAGUUGAGUCCCUGACAGAUAUGAGGGAAAACGCAGAUUACAUGGCCAGAGUAGAGAGAGGGGAGAGUCCUCUACAGAGAAACACUGAACACACAUCACAACCUCAGACAUUCUGGAACAGACUCUUUAGAUAAAGCAGCACAAGUUCUGACAUAAAUGAUCAUAAAGAAGUGAUACUAUCAAUAUCUUUUUUCUAACCAUUUGCCAACCCUUGUGAAUCGAUCAUUCACCAUUAACGGACCAGAUGAAAAUAUGUUUUUGAAUCAGUGAAUGUCUCUGAGGUAGAGGUGUAACUUGAAGGCAGUGUUGGUCGUCCUACUUCAUUUGUGAUGAUAAUGGAUGUUUGCAUCCUGGUUGUACUUCUGCUUUAUUUCAAUACAGCCACUGAAUAAAUGGUCACUUUAGUACUUGUA